UAUAUAUGUAUGCAGAAAACAUUAAUCUUAUCUCAAUGGCCUAAUUUCAACCUUUGGAUUGCCUGGCCAAUAACUUAAGAAGAAGAAGAAGAACAUUAAUCUAAUUGUGCGAGUUAACACGUUCUUCGUAACGCUCGUAGUUGCGCUUUUUACGAGACGUUUCUUUAAUCCAUAAAUAUUGUGGCUGCAUCAUUGUAUAUCGUAGAAUAUGUUGAAAAGCGCUAUGGCUUUAAAGGGAAUCAAGAUCGUAGAGUUAGCUGGACUUGCUCCAGGACCCUUCUGCGGAAUGAUUUUGGCAGAAUUUGGGGCAUCUGUUAUUAGAGUGGAUAAGCUUGAAACUCAAUCAUUAGAUUGUUUGGGCCAUGGAAAGAGAUCGAUAUCAUUGAAUUUGAAAUCUGAAGAGGGCAUUAAUAUUUUCAAAAAAUUAAGUGACCAAAGCGACGUUAUCAUUGAUACGUACAGGAGAGGAGUCAUGGAAAAGUUGAAGAUUGGACCAAAUGAACUUAUGGUAACAAAUAAAAAAUUGAUAUAUGCUAGAUUAACUGGAUACGGUCAAAAUGGCUCUUUUGCAAAUAUGGCUGGUCAUGAUAUCAAUUAUUUAGGUUUAUCUGGAUUACUGUCUUUAUUUGGUCGAUAUAACGAAAAACCUACACCACCCAUCAAUCUGGCUGCUGAUUUUGGUGGCGGCGGUUUGAUGUGCGCUCUUGGAAUAAUCUUGGCAUUAUAUGAGCGAACUCAGAGCAAUGUCGGACAGGUGAUAGAUGCAUCAAUGGUAGAGGGAUCAGCAUAUUUAGGGUCCUGGUUAUUCAGAUCUCAAAAAAUGGGUAUAUGGGAAAAUCCACGUGGUAGAAAUCUUCUUGACACAGGAUCACACUUUUACGAUACAUAUGAGACGAAGGAUAAGCUUUACAUGUGCGUUGGAGCGCUCGAACCACAGUUUUAUAAAAUUUUUCUAGAAAAGCUUGGUCUCUCAAGCAACGAAGUACCACAAUACGAAAAUUUUGAAAAAAAUCGUAGUAAAAUCACGGAAAUUUUCAAGACGAAGACUCAAGCGGAAUGGUGCGCUAUAUUUGACGGCACUGAUGCAUGUGUGACACCAGUGCUAAAUUUGAAAGACGUCACGUUACAUAUUCACAAUAAGCAGAGGCAGACAUUUACAAUUGUAGAAGACAAUUUAAUUCCAAAUCCUGCUCCUCGUUUAUCUCGAACGCCCGGAAUUUCUCUUGGAAAUCAAAGAAACCCACAAGCCGGUGAAGACACUGUACAAAUUUUAACUGAAUUAAAAUUUCAACCUAAUGAAAUUGACCAUCUAUUGUCAAACGGGAUUGCUUAUCAAUCGCAGCACAUUUCUAAACUUUGAACCUAUCAGAUUUGUUAUGCAUACAAAAUGUUGCAUCUACCGCGAGAAUUAAUCGUUUCCAGAAACGAGCAUGCUUCGCAACAUUCUAGCACAUGCGCAAAAUAAACAGAUACCGUUAUUGCUCUCAAAGAAAGGAACUUUUAUUGGUAAAGGGUACAAUCUGUCAACCUUUCAGAACGUUCGAAAAUCAACUCGACUGUCACCAAGGAUCGACCUUCUUUUUUCCAUUUUUAUUGAUUUUCUUCGCACUUCACAGGUCAACUAACGAAUCACCCUGCAUCGGUAUACGGUAGCACGGAGGCGAAGAACGCAACAAUAUAUUAAAAUGUACGUACAUACUUUUUCCUCUGAAGAAUAGAAUGACUGUGAUUGGUUAUUUUCUAAUUACGGAUGUUAUUAAAUUCGAUUGAGGUGUAAACUAUAUUUAUAAAGCCCAUUCCACAUUAGACGCAAGUAGACCGUGUUUGUUGCGACAGUCAAUCUGAAGCCUGCAUUUUGAAAUCAACGCUUCAGAGUGGCUGUCGCAACAAACUUGAAUGGGCUUACAUUUCUAUUGUGUUUUCUAAAGAAACUGUAGGAAAAGGAAAUAAUUCCUAUCAGAAUUCAUUUCAAUUUCAAGCAAUUCGAUAAUACGUGCCCAAGAGACUGACGAUAGCGCCUGACGGAACUUCCGGAGCGCUGUAGCACCUUCAAUCUAUAUUCGGUCAAUUACAUGAUUUUUAUAUAGUUAAUUAUAAUUAUAUGGAUGACUCACAAAUCUUUUUAAUAAACUUCAUAACUCUUCAUACGAAAUACAAACGAUUCCUCUC